AAGAGAUCUGAUAGUUUUUAGAAGAUCUGUUCAUUUGAUGUAUUUUUUGAUCUAUUUAUUCCAGAGAUGGAGACUUUCCUAUUCACAUCAGAGUCUGUGAACGAAGGACACCCAGACAAGCUCUGUGACCAAGUCUCAGAUGCCAUCCUCGACGCAUGUUUGGAACAAGAUCCCGAAAGUAAAGUUGCGUGCGAGACCUGCACGAAGACCAAUAUGGUUAUGGUCUUUGGCGAGAUCACCACCAAGGCUGUUGUAGACUACGAGAAGAUUGUCCGUAGUACUUGCAAAGGCAUUGGGUUUACAUCUCCUGAUGUUGGGCUUGAUGCCGACAACUGCAAGGUUCUAGUCAACAUCGAGCAACAAAGCCCCGACAUUGCUCAAGGGGUUCACGGUCACCUUAGCAAGAAGCCCGAGGAAAUUGGUGCUGGUGACCAAGGUCAUAUGUUUGGUUACGCCACUGAUGAAACACCUGAGCUUAUGCCGCUAACCCAUGUUCUUGCAACUAAGAUUGGUGCUAAGCUUACUGAGGUUAGAAAGAACAAGACCUGCCCAUGGGUCCGUCCUGAUGGUAAAACCCAAGUGACGGUUGAGUACCGCAACGAUAACGGCGCUAUGGUUCCUAUCAGGGUUCACACCGUCCUCAUCUCCACCCAACAUGACGAGUCCGUGACCAACGAGCAAAUUGCUGCUGAUCUUAAGGAGCAUGUGAUCAAACCCGUCAUCCCGCCUCAAUACCUUGACGACAAGACCAUCUUCCACCUGAACCCCUCGGGUCGGUUCGUUAUCGGUGGUCCCCAUGGUGAUGCAGGUCUAACCGGCAGGAAGAUUAUCAUCGACACCUAUGGUGGAUGGGGAGCUCACGGUGGAGGUGCAUUCUCCGGAAAGGAUCCUACCAAAGUGGACAGGAGUGGUGCUUAUAUUGUUAGGCAAGCUGCUAAGAGUGUAGUAGCUUCGGGACUUGCACGGAGGUGCCUCGUUCAGGUUUCUUACGCUAUUGGUGUGGCUGAGCCCCUUUCCGUGUUUGUGGACUCGUAUAAAACUGGAACAAUCCCAGAUAAGGAUAUCCUUGUCCUGAUCAAGGAGAAUUUCGACUUUAGGCCAGGGAUGAUGUCGAUUAAUCUCGACUUGAAGAGGGGUGGCAACUACAGGUACCAGAAGACUGCUGCUUAUGGCCAUUUUGGUCGCGAAGAUCCUGAUUUCACCUGGGAGACCCCCAAGAUUCUCAAACCGAAAGCCUGAAUAUACCAGAUUAAUACGAUGAAACUUUUGCCCCUUAAAUCAGAACCGAGAGAAUAAACAAGCUUAUGCUGGGCAUGCAGUUUUUCUAUGGCCUGAAGUUGGUGGACCGGACCUACUACGAGCUUUUGAUUGUGAUGCCAAAUGUUGUGUUUCUUCGUUACAAUCCCUUAUCUUUUGUUUUGUUUGGUUGGAAAUGUGUAGGAUUUCUACUCUCUUCAUGAGAAAGACCAUAUCGAAUGUAAACGUGUUUUUAUCAGUGCUUUUGUGACAUAAUACUUGUCAUCAGAAUACGAAAAUGCCAAAAUUUACCC